UCAGCUGUCACUCAGGGGAAAGGCGGAUUCAGCAAGUUUGGUUGGAUCCGGUCCGGAAUCGGAGAGAGAAAAAAAAGCGACAGAAAAAUGCUUCCACUCUCAUUACUGAAGACAGCACAGAAUCAUCCCAUGCUUGUGGAGUUGAAGAAUGGGGAGACGUACAAUGGUCAUCUGGUCAGCUGUGACAACUGGAUGAACAUCAACCUGCGAGAGGUCAUUUGCACAUCCAGGGAUGGUGAUAAGUUCUGGAAAAUGCCAGAAUGCUACAUCCGUGGCAGCACCAUCAAAUACCUCCGGAUCCCCGAUGAAAUCAUCGACAUGGUGAAAGAGGAAGUGCUGUCAAAGGGUAGAGGUCGAGGUGGCCUCCAGCAGCAGAAGCAGCAACAGCAACAGAAAGGUCGAGGUGGCAGCGGUGGGGCUGGGCGAGGAGUAUUUGGUGGCCGUGGUCGAGGGGUGGGUGGAUCUGGCCGAGGACAAGAGAAGAAACCAGGAAAACUAUCUGGAGUGAAGAAGCAGUGAGAAGAACAACAAGUGUGUGUGUACGUGUGUUUGUGUGUAUGCCCAUCCACUAGCUUCUGAUGGUAUUUGCUUUCUGUAUAGAUUGUGUAAAUGAGUGACAAAUCCGCAACCAGGGAUUGGUUACCUGGGUUUUGUAAAUUAUAAAUAAAUUGUUUGAGGGUAA